CAGCAUUCUCAGUUUUACAGUUACUUUCGUAACACACUGUUGGUUUUGUAAGUGUUGAACUUGGUCACUGUGGUAGAAUCCUAUCUGAUCUGUAUCCAAUAGAGAAUUACAAGUCGCCAGCUAUUGCUACUAUCAAUCUUCGAAAAAUGUUUACUAAUUAUCCCCUAAUGGAUUCCAACACAACGACGCCAUGUGCUACACCACAGAUAGACAUUCGACACUUCAAGAUAACGGUGAUCUGCUUAAUUUGUGGUGGUAUUGUCUUCACUAUUUUGACGUUGUUCAAAAACCUACAGUCCAUGUUUGCAGUUAAUUUUCUUCUAACGAAUUUAUCGAUCAUCUUAAUUUCUGUGGGUGCAGCAUACUUUUUUCAGUGUGGUGAAAUGAAAUAUCUGUUAAUUUCUGUCAGCUCGGCAGUUCUCAUUACAAUAAUAAUCGUUAUGAUAGGUAUGAAUUUAAGACAGUUGAAAAGAGAGGGAUGUUUUUUGCUCAUCUCAAUAUCUAUCAUGCUCGUCGUUUGGGGGAUCAUAGUUUUUUACAUUGGAUUAGCCAAGAACUCUAUUCUCUUUAUGGAAUUCGCUACAAGUGCCUGUUGGACGUGUGCUGCAGCAAUCGAAUAUGACUGAUUUUAUGUUGAAUUUCGUCACUAACCCACAUCAAUAUGAGAACAGUUGGGAACCAUGGAAUACUAGACAGCCGUCUUAUCCCAAUCUGUAGCUCUUCAACAGUGUAAACACAAUGCACAACCAGAGAUCAAACUCAGAAUUUCCAGAUUAACAGGCGAACCUACCGCUCUCUCACACUAACUGAGACGGUGUCUACUCCCUCCUCAAAUCUCUGUUUAUUAUUGCCCUUUCGAACCACUUACCUUUUGUCUCACUUUGUGUGCUACGUGGAAUGCGGCAGCUCAAACUCCUGCAUCCCUGUGAUAAUUAUUUGUUCUCAAGUUGAAUUUCAUCACUAACCGACAUCAUUUCGAGAAGCAGUGAAAAGCAGAGAUUACUGGAUAGGUUCACGUCCAUUUUGCAUUACUGGCCAACUAAGAGAUGAAGUGCCUAUAGUUCCAAUGAGGUUUCUUGACUAAUGAGCUCCACCAAGCUUGGUUUGAAGACAGAUGCACACCCAUGACAGUGACUGACGGUGACUCUACAUAUCGCGAAUCACCUGAAGUUAACAUUUUAUGUAUCAAUAGACCCCUGACCGACUGACCCACUGACUGGUUUCAACGUAGAACUUUCCACAGGGAUGCAGGA